AUGAACCCAAAAUGUCGUCGCCUGUGGUUCUCAUUAUUCCUUCCUCUGGCAGUCCUUUCGUUACACAACGAAGUAUUCGAUGAGCAACUCAAUAUCCGGUCUCUCCCUGACGGCAAAGUCGCGUCUCGAUUCUCCUUCACCACUGUUCUUGUUGGCGCGAGUCCGCCCACUCCACAGAACCACUCAUCGCAGGAUGACCCUCGACACUAUAGCCUCUUUCCGCUUGCCUUGGGCCAGAUCCUCCAUGAAUAUGCGGUCACCGAAAUGCAUCUUACCUUGAACGCUGGAAAGUGGAAUUACGACCAUUGGGGCUAUCCUGAUGAAGAUGGUGUCGGAACUGGCGCUGAGCUUUGGGCAUGGAUGGGUGAUGGGGCCGUCUCGACAGUCGAUGAGCGUUGGCGCGGCUUGCGAAAUGCUCUGGCAGGUCUUUUCUGCGCGUCACUUGGCUCUCUCGAUGAACUACGGACUACCUCGCCGACUAUGAUGUUUGCGCCAGGUGCACUUUCAAAUCGAACUUCUACCCACUCUCUUCGGCACGCUUCUCUACCCUCUGAACACGUCUGCACUGAAAAUCUUACUCCGUUUCUCAAACUCCUCCCUUGCAAAUCUUUGUCUGGUAUAGCCACCCUACUGAAUCCACAUCGUCUUUUUGAUGCUGACUGGCAUGGCAUGGGCCUUCACGUUUCCUGGCUUCCACAGCAAGGCGUGCAAGUAAAGCUCACCUUCCAGACAAUCUCCGACCCUCUGAGACCACAGUCAAGCAGCCGAGACUGGUCCUUCGCCUCAGUCUUCGAAAGGACAAUCCAGAGAUCAUGUCCCGUCGCUACUUCUAGCCAAAUUGUUGUCGCUCUACCCUUCGGUGUGCCCUAUACCAUCAACCCUCAACCAUCACUUGUUGAUCAAGGACAUGCUAUUUUCGACGUCGUUCAAUCCGGACCGUUAGAUGUGUCUCUACACUGGCCAUCUGGCUUCCAAUACAGUACGACUCGCCUUGCAGAGACGACAUUUUCUGUGCGAAGGACUCUCAAGGGUUACACGCAAGACAAUGGGCAACUCUCGGUGUUGCUUAGAAAUGAUGAGGAUAGUCCAGUUAAUAUUGCUUACCUCGAAACGAUGCCUUGGAUUAUUCAGCUCUAUCUGCAUACUUUAACACUCGAGGUUGACGGGGUGUCACGAAACGACCUCCUUCAAAACAUCACCUAUAUACCACCUGUUCCGCAUUCUCGCGCAACUUUGUUCCAAAUCGUGCUGCAAAUUCCCUCACGAAGCACGCUGAAACUUACCAUGGACAUUACCAAAGCAUUCCUCCGUUACACUGAGCACCCGCCAGACGCUCAACGUGGGUGGGAUUUGCCCCCUGCCGUCUUUGUUCGCCUAGAUGGGCGGCCACAACGCCGUAUAUAUGCGCCUGCAUUACUGGUCGACCUCGCAACCCCCGACUUCAGCAUGCCAUAUAACGUGAUCAUCUUCACUUGUUCACUGAUCGCGUUCAUUUUUGGGAGUGUGUUCAACUAUUUGACACGUCGCUUUAUCGUUCUCCCUGUACCGAGUUGA